AAUGAAUCAUACUGUGUUAGUUGUGUUCGGGAGUUGAAAUGACUCGUUUGAGAUGCCUGAUAUUCUUUUGUUUCUUUUUGGGGUGUCAUGGCCUGUCUUGCCGAUCUGAAGGAGGCUACAAAGAUACAGAUCUCAAAAGGAUGUACAAUACUUGUUUGAAACAACAAAACAACAGUAGCAGCGACAAUCGUCAAGAAGAGUGGAGUGACAGAGGAAUAUGGAACAAUGAUCGAACGAGCUACAGAGGAGAUCGCUACGAUAGAGGUAAUAGAGGCAGAAAUAGAGAUGAAAACGAAGAUAGAGAAUCAAGGGAUAGAUAUGGGGACAGCGAUUCUAGAUCCAAUUCCAACGACAGGUAUAAUAUGGAUAGAAGAGAUAGAAAUAGUAUGAAUAGUAGAGAUAAUAACUAUAAUAUGAAUAGUAGAGACAAUAACGGAUACGGUAAUAACGAUGAAAAUAGACAAAACAGUAGAUUGAAUGGAAGAGAUGAAUUCUUACAAAGCGAAGAGUACGAUAAUGACAACUCAAGAACCUACCACAACCAAUACAACAGGCGAAACAAGCGCGAGCGGCGCGUGGAGAUGAACUCGGGGCAGCGGAGUCAGUACAACCCCAACUCGAAGAAUAGGGGAUCAGACUCUAGCGAUUCCCGAAACUCCAGUUCCAGCCAAGACAAAGCCUGCGCCUUGCAUUGCUUGAUGGAGAAUUUGCACAUGACAGGAGAUAACGGUAUGCCUGAUCGGUAUCUGGUGACACACGCCAUCACCAGAGACGUGAGAAACGAAGACCUGCGAGAUUUCCUGCAGGAGUCAAUUGAGGAAUGCUUCCAGAUUCUUGCAAAUGAAAACACAGAAGAUAAGUGCGAAUUCUCAAGGAACAUUCUGAUUUGUUUGUCGGAAAAAGGCAAAGCCAACUGCGAUGACUGGAAGGAUGAUUUUCAAUUCUAAUUGGAUCUUGAUCAAGUACUUAUGGAUUUUUUUUAAUUUUUACUCAAUCUUAAUUUGAAUAA